UCUACAUUAAGAUCAUCUUCAAGUUUUGGUUUCUGGGUCCCAUUAGAUAUUGACAUUAUUAUCCCAAAUAGCUCAGAGUUUCCCAAACUGACUCUCAGAUUUUAAAUUUAUUUCGCAAAAAAAACAGGGCUCGAAUGGAAAUUCUGCGCCACCGCUGUAAUGGAGUUGAAAUUGAGCUGCCUCUUAAAAAAAUGACACCGAGAAAACUGCGAUUGGUUUCGCACACGAAAAAGGAUGAGUUCGUUUUCUUAUGUAAUCUUGAAGCUUGCUGCAAAUCUCAUCUGGGUUUUUGUUUGAUCGAAGGUUCUUGAUCUCAAAAUGGAUUUCUAAAUUUGUUGUGAUUCGGAUGCAACAGUAAAACUUCUUUCAGUUUGAUAUAAAAGGAAAUUUCAAGCAUAGAGUAGAUUCUGGAGGGUUGGGUGUACCUGUUAUGGGCUUUUCAGGACACUUCUUAGGGUUUGCCCUUGUUAUCUUAGUGAUGAAGAGCUGUUUAAGGACUCCAAUGGCUGAUCCCAGAACAAGCGUGGCUGGUCUGGCAUGCAAUUCCUCUGUAUCUGUUUCUGCUGAUGUGCUUGCCAAUAACUUUGUUCCUGCAAUGUACAAUCUGAGCUCUCUGAUUAAUCAAAGUGGGUUUGGAACUACUCGUGUUGGGGAAGACCCAAAUGCAGUGUAUGGACUUGCUCAGUGCUAUGGUGACCUUAACCCUACUGAUUGCCGGCUCUGCUUCUCUGAGAUUCGGUCGAUUCUGCCGAAGUGCUAUCCGAAAACUGGAGGAAGGAUUUUCUUUGAUGGGUGUUUUGGACGCUAUGAGAAUUUCUCAUUCUUCAGCGAGGGUUUGGAUUCUGUAGAGUUAAAAAAUUGUUCUUCCAAUACGAGUUCUCAGCCUGUUGCAUUUAGAGAAGCUUUAACAAAAGUUGUUGGGAGUGUGAGCUUGGAAGCCCUAAGGAGGAAGGGGUUUGCUGUUGGAACCGAAUCUGUAUCAAAUUUAAGUAUCUACGCUCUAGCUCAGUGUUGGGAGAAUUUGGACAAACAAACCUGCAAUUCUUGCCUCCAAGCAGCUGUUUCCUCGAUUGUUUCGUGUUCUCCAUCUGUUGAUGGCCGAUCACUUCAUGCUGGUUGCUAUUUGAGAUAUUCAAAUAAGCCUUUUUGGAACACCUACGGGAAAAAUUCUUCAGGGAAGAGGAAGCUCAUAUGGAGCAUAGUGGGUUCAGUUCUUGCUGGGUUUCUACUCUUGACAGGGAUUGGGAUUUGGACAAUGAAGAGACAUUCACGCAGUUCAAAGUCUAGGUCUUUCAAAGAUUCAAUGGGAUCAGAACUAUCUGCUGCCAUUAUUCACUCCAAACUAAACUUUAAAUACCAGGAGUUGAAAAGGGCUACAGACAAUUUUGAUUCAUCGAAAAAGCUUGGACAGGGAAGUUAUGGAACAGUGUAUAAGGGUGUUCUUCCUGAUGGAAGGGAGGUUGCCGUGAAGCGAUUGUUUAUUAAUACAAAACAGUGGGCUGAUCAAUUUUUUAAUGAAGUGAAUCUGCUCAACCAGCUCCACCACAAAAAUCUGGUGAAGUUGCUGGGUUGCAGUCUGGAUGGGCCAGAAAGCUUGCUUGUUUAUGAGUACUACUUCAACAAAAGCUUGGAUAAUUUCAUUUUUGCAGAUCUAGAUCAAGCAAAGCUUUUGGACUGGCAGAUGAGGGUUGAUAUUAUUCAAGGAGUGGCUGAGGGCCUUUCUUACCUCCACGAGGACUCCGAAAUCCGAAUAAUUCAUAGGGACAUAAAAGCCAGUAAUGUCCUUUUAGACGACAAAUUGAAGCCCAAAAUAACUGAUUUUGGCCUUGCAAGAUCUUUUGCGGCAGAACAGACUCAUCUUAGCACUGGAGUAGCUGGAACCUUAGGAUAUAUGGCUCCUGAGUACGUUGUACAUGGGCAUCUGACUGAAAAAGCUGAUGUAUAUAGCUUUGGAGUACUAUUGCUGGAGAUUGUGACUGGACAGAGGUGCAACACUGGCACUGGAGGAAAACCAGGAGAAUUUUUAUUAGCUAAGAUAUGGAGUAAAUAUAAGGCUAAUAUGGUCAACACAAUGAUAGAUAGAAGCAUUUAUGAGACCGCAAUAGAGGAAGAGUACUUGCAUAUUGUUCAUGUGGGACUGUUGUGCACUCAAGCUACACCCGGUUACCGUCCCACAAUGACCAAAGUAGUGGAACUGCUGAGAAGAAACAAGGAGCAUGAAGAUGUCAUCCCAACAGAGCCACCAUUUUUAGAUAUUCUGGGUGGAGAAAUCCAGGAAGCUGAAAGUUCAUAUUUGCUAUCCAGUACUUCUGGUCCAAGCUUUUCGGCAUCGUCAGGGUUUCGUAAGGAAGUCCAUGCACAAGGGAACAGCUAUCUCCAAUUGCUCAACACCCCACCCGAUCCCAAUGGGAUGUCAACCUUGAACUUACAAGUCAGAGAUUGCAAGUUUGAACAGGUGGGCUGACUCCUAGUGGCCUUUUUGGUUGUACUUUUUUCCUUUGGAAGCCUUCAGCUAAUUUGCCUCUGGUUCAUUCCAAGUGCCAAAGUAUCAUCAUGGUUCGGAUUGUUAGUUAUAACUUUUCUCCUUUUCCUCGUUCGUGGGACUCAGAGCUGUACUUAACCAGUUAGUCUAUAUAUCUCCAUUACUUUGAAUUUCAUAAAUGAAGUAGUUAAUGGUGGGAUUACCAAUAUCUUUUUGUAGUGACGGAUCUUGUAUAUGUUCCUACGAAAAGGAAUUUGCCCAUUUACUUUCA